AGAAGACUAGUCUGUACCCGAAUGUAACUAUGAGAGGAACAAAAUUAAUAUUGAUGGAGGUAGGAAAUGUAAAAUUUCUGGAUUCUCUCAAUUAUUUUCCUAUGCCUCUAACUGCUCUACCCAAGGCGUUUGAUUUGAAAGAGCUAAAGAAAGGAUACUUUCCACAUUUAUUCAACACUUUGGCUCAUCAGAAUUAUGUAGGGCCAAUUCCAGCGCUCGACUUCUACGAUCCCGACCAUUUAAAGGAAGACGCUCGGGAAAAAUUAUUAAAAUGGCAUGGCGAAAGACAAGCGGAGGGAUACGUUUUUGAUUUUCAGAAAGAAAUCGUUGAAUACUGUAUCUCCGAUGUGGAAAUAUUGACACAGGCGUGUCUCAAAUUUCGAGACCUGAUGAAAACCGAAACCACAGUCGAUCCCUUCCAGGAAAGCACCACUAUUGCAUCAUGCUGUAACAAAGUCUUUAGACGCAAUUUUUUAAAACCUGAGACGAUCGGGAUUCUACCGAACCAGAACUUAUAUCACCCCGUUUUACCGUCAAAAAUGAACAACAAAUUGAUGUUUGUUAACUGUCAAAAAUGUGGUGAAGAUUUCGUUCGAGAAGAGUGUCAGCAUUCUAUUCAAGAAAGAAGCCUAAAAGGAACUUGGGUGAUAGAAGAGGUGCUCAAAGCUAUUGAAAAAGGUUACCAGAUUAUAGAGACUUACGAAAUAUGGGAAUACGAUACAAUUCAGCUCAGUAAAGACCAAGAGGGGUUAUUUAGCGGAAUGAUGAACAAGUUUCUACAAAUAAAACAACAAGCUUCAGGAUGGCCCAAACAUUGCUUAACGGAUGAAGAAAAAAACCGUUAUAUUGAUGCAUUUUUGGAUAGAGAAGACAUAAAGCUGGAAUUUUCAAAAAUUAUAGAGAACCCCUGUUUGAGAUCGUUAGCUAAACUUAUGCUGAAUUCCUUUUGGAAAGUGGAAGAAAGGGCAGUUUACGUAGAUACAGAUUCAUGUAUUUAUAUCUCUCGUAAGGGAUUAGACGACAUAUCUACAGGAGACUUCAUAGGUGAUAUGACCGAUGAGCUCAAUGGGGGUUUCAUAUCAGAGUUUGUUUCUGGAGGACCUAAGAACUACGCCUACAAAUAUACUACUUUGUCUGGAGAGGAACAGAUCGUAUGUAAAGUAAAAGGCAUAUCACUCAACUACAAGGCAUCCCAAGUAGUCAAUUUUGAGAAAAUAAAAGACAUGGUGCUGAAGAAAUCUGAUCCUGUUUCUGUACUUUCUCGACAGCUACGACGUACAAGAGAGCAUGCAGUAGUAACAGUCGAGUUUCCUAAGGUAUACAAGAUAACUUCAAUGAAAAGGAAAUUCUAUGAAGAUCAUACCUCUGUACCAUUUGGAUUUAAGAAAAUAAAGUAUUGA